ACCUUUAGAAGCGACUCUGUGGUUGGAAGGUCGUUCCAAACUUCUGUGUUGCCAUUUUUUCACCCCGAUUCUCUCACACAAAAACACGAAAAUCUCGGGCUUGUUUAUAUUAUCUCUUAAAGAGGUUCGUUACGCGAUCGAUUUAGGGUUGAUUUUGGAAUCUGUUUUCGGAAAAGUGCUCUUCAGAAAGUGUGUUCUUUAGAUUCGGUAUUGAAUUAGUUAUUAGGCGCGCUCAGUUCUGCUUCUGGUUUUGUUGUUUUCUAAGUGAUUUGUUACAGAUUAGAGAAAGGGGAUUUGUUGGAAAGGAUUGAAUCUUUGAUUGGAUUGAAUGGACAUGGCAUUGGGAAGGAGGUGCGGAAGUAGUUUGAGAUUGAAGCGCGGUCGUGUUGUUGGUGAAGAGGGGUUAGGGUUAGGGUUUGUGAGGUACACGCGAGGAUUGGGGAGGAAGAGGGUUCUUAUUUCGAAUGAUAUGGAGGCUUCGCCGAUGGAUUCGGCUCUCAAGACUCCGACGAAGAAGCGAUGCGGCGAGUCAGUGGUUUUGGAGGCUGAAAGGUCUCUCCUCGAAGCCUUGCCUCAGGACAUUCUGAUUAGGGUAUUGUGCGGUGUGAAUCAUGAGGAUCUGAACCAGCUUUUCCACGUUUCGAAAGCGAUCAGAGAAGCUUCUUUGAUUGCAAAGGAAUCGCAUUUUGCCUAUUGUACGCCAAAAAAGACUCGUGUUUUUCGUAACGCGAUUGAUUUGGAGGAUUCCAGCGAUUUCGAAGAUGUCAAACCUCCCAAUGCUCCAAAACAGCAGCGCAAGCUUUUGGAGCCGUUCCUGAGCAAGGAGUUCUCUGACAUAACGGCGGAAUUGUUUGCUUCUCCGGACGAAGACCAGUGGCCGAGGAAAGUGCUAUUUAUGAGUACAUAGAUACGAUUCUCUGAGGGUUUUGUAUAUACAUUUUGUGUUCCUCGUUGUUGUUGUAGAUUUCUAGUUGUUUUGAUUAGGGAUGUGCUUAUAGCUUCUCGCGUCCGUUUGUACAUGUAAAGAAAUCUUUGCAAGCCAGUUCUUCAAGAGCUUUGAUUGAAGAUGGAGUUGGCUUCUUCCUAUCUUUUUUUGUACACGUAUAAGAGAAACAGAGGAGAUUUAGGAUUCUAAUUUGAAGGGCAAUCUUGGGCCCUUCUGGUGUCAUAAAAUUUGAGGGUGUAUAGUUUGAUUCUGCGUAUUCUUUGAGCUUAAUAAAAUGAGAUAUGUUUCCAUA